CACCCUCCCUCUCUGUGCCAUACACACUGUUCUGCCACUAUGACAGGUGUCUCUGUACAGAGAGUUUUAUCAACGCUGAGAGAGAAUGCUUUGAAACGCUUUGAGCGGGCAGUAGAAGAGCUGAUUUGUGCAGCAGUCGCUCAGUAAACAGUUCCUGUGGGAUUGAUCUCUGGGAAAGGAUAAUCUGGGUAAUCCUAUAACCGGUGGCGGUGGACUCAGCCUCUUUUGCUCUUCCCUUACGCCCUGUCCUUUUUACUCGUCGACCCCUCUGUUCCUGCUCUGUCCCGAAAAGUGGUUGAUGGGAGUAUCCACGUCAUUUUUUUUUUGUUUGUGACCGUGCCAACACUUGAGUCGGAGUCCUGGUCCUGGGUGAGUGACGUCCAGCCAGGGCCACACUUUCACCCGAAGGCAUGUGGCAGCCCAUGUCAUCACCUGCAACUGGAGGCAGCCCUGGGAGGGAGAUAGGUUACGGCCACUACUCGGGGCCAAUGACCCACACCCACUCUCCUCCCAUGGGUGGCAUGGUCGGCCACCCGUCAGUCAUCAGCACCUCCAGGCCCUUACUGUCCCCCAUGUCCGGCUUGGGCUCGCCAAUGAACGGCCUGGCCUCACCCUACCCCGUCAUUACAUCUUCUCUGGGCUCGCCCUCUAUAUCGUUGCCGUCCACGCCCAACAUGAACUUUGGACCACUCUGCAGUCCACAGAUGAACUCUAUGAACAGUGUAAGCAGCUCGGAGGACAUCAAGCCUCCGCCGGGCCUACAGAACCUGGGAAACAUCAACUACCAGUGUACGAGCCCCGGGGGAAUGUCAAAGCACAUCUGCUCCAUUUGCGGGGACCGCUCCUCAGGAAAGCACUACGGUGUGUACAGCUGUGAGGGAUGCAAAGGCUUCUUCAAGAGGACCGUACGUAAAGAUCUUACCUACACAUGUCGAGACAUGAAGGAGUGCCUGAUUGACAAGCGCCAGCGAAACCGCUGCCAAUACUGUCGCUACCAGAAGUGCCUGGCCAUGGGCAUGAAGAGAGAAGGUGUGUGUGCAGCGGUGCAGGAAGAGAGGCAGCGUGGAAGGGAGCGAGGGGAGAACGAGGUGGAAUCUACCAGCAGUUUCAACGAGGAAAUGCCCGUGGACAAGAUCCUGGAUGCUGAGCUGGCUGUGGAGCCCAAAACAGAGACGUCGUACAGCGACGGCAGCCCCAGCAACUCAACAAACGACCCUGUCACCAAUAUCUGCCAAGCAGCAGACAAGCAGCUCUUCACCUUGGUGGAGUGGGCCAAAAGGAUCCCACACUUUUCCGAACUCCCCCUGGAUGACCAGGUCAUCCUAUUACGAGCAGGCUGGAACGAGCUUCUUAUCGCAUCUUUCUCGCAUCGCUCAGUCACGGUAAAAGAUGGCAUCCUGUUGGCGACAGGCCUCCACGUCCACAGAAGCAGCGCCCACAGUGCUGGAGUGGGCUCCAUCUUUGAUAGAUGCAAAAGGUCUUUCAAGCCCACCCGAGGUCGAGGCGCUGAGGGAAAAAGUUUACGCCUCAUUGGAGUCGUACACGAAACAGAAAUACCCAGACCAGCCUGGCAGGUUUGCCAAGCUGCUGCUCCGCCUGCCCGCCCUGCGCUCCAUCGGCCUCAAGUGUCUGGAGCAUCUGUUCUUCUUCAAGCUGAUCGGGGACACGCCUAUCGACACCUUCCUGAUGGAGAUGCUGGAGGCUCCGCAUCAGAUUACAUGACACCAGUCCCCCCCUUCCCCCUGUAAAUACUCCCACAUUGUCAGCUAUAUGAAGACGGAAGACUUGAUUCAAAUUGUAAAACAGCAUAUUUUGUACCAAGCAAUACAUUGUAAUUAAAAAUAAAACAAAACAAAAAAAGUAUUUUGAGGUUGUGGGGAGGGUGGAGUCUUGAGACGGAGGAUCGAGUACACUGUCAAAUGAAUUCUAAUAGAAUUGUUAACAGAUUUCUUUUGUAAAUAGGUAAUUUCAGGUGUCCGUUUUGAAAGCAACCCAAUGCAAUUUGAAAAUAAAUCA